AUGGCAGAAUCGACCAUCUCGGAGAGUACAACGUUUGGCUCAACGGUGUACGAAGAGAGUGUCGAUCGAUCGACUUCCACCGACAGCUCCAUCCUGCAUGGACCGAGUGUUGAGGAAAUCAGCCGAUCGCUGCAGCGAUUCAACUGGCCUGACUAUGUGGUGUUUGUACUGAUGUUGAUCAGUUGCAUGGUGAUCGGAGUGUUCUUCGGUGUGAAGGACCACCAGAAACACAAACGGCAGAAGCAUGCCCGGCGAGGUUCGGAAGCGCUCGACUAUUUGGUUGGUGGUAGAAAGAUGCAAAUUAUUCCGGUGUCAGUGUCACUGGUCGCGAGCUGGAUAUCCGGGAUCUCGUUGCUCGGCACAUCUACGGAAAUCUAUGUUUACGGUGUGCAGUAUUGCUACAUAAUCAGUGCGGUUGUGCUCAUGGGUCUAUCGAUGAACUUCAUCUUCCUACCGGUGUUUCAUGAUCUUCAAAUAACUUCUGCCUAUGAGUAUCUACAAAUGAGAUUUGAUAAACGAAUGCGACUCGUUGGAUCUAUACUCUUUACGCUAGCAAGUAUCUUAUGGUUACCCAUUGUAAUCUACGUCCCAGCACUUGCCUUCAAUCAAGUCUCAGGUGUUAAUAUACAUGUGAUAACGCCGAUCGUUUGCUUGGUGUGCAUAUUUUACACCAGUCUGGGUGGACUAAAAGCUGUCGUCUGGACCGACGUCAUCCAAACGGCGGUUAUGGUCGGUGCAAUGAUCAUAGUGAUCAUCAAGGGUACGGCGGAUGUAGGAGGGCUUAGUGUGGUGAUUGAACGAAAUUCCGCAGGAGGGCGAUUCGAGCCCCCAGAUUUUAAUUUAGAUCCAACUGCACGGAACACAUUUUGGACGUUGCUCAUCGGUGGUACUUUCUUUUGGACUUCAACAAACUCUAUCAACCAAAACAUGAUGCAACGAUACCUGUCGUUGCCUUCUUUGGCAUCGGCUCGAAAGGCUCUGGUACUGUUCCUCAUUGGAACGGUAACUGUGCUAGCCAUGUGCUGCUACAACGGGCUGCUCAUCUUCGCCAUGUACCACGAUUGCGAUCCACUGACGACUGGCUUGGCGAAGGCGAAAGAUCAACUAGUUCCGUUGCUAGUGAUGGAGGUUCUGGGAGAGUAUCCAGGUCUGGCCGGAUUGUUCGUCGCGGGCAUAUUCAGUGCAGCGCUUAGUUCCCUGUCGACGGCUCUGAACUCGCUGUCCGCUAUCGUUUUGGAGGACUUCUGCAAACCAUUCGUGUCGAAACCUCUAACGGAGACGCAAACACGAUACAUUAUGCGCUUCACCGUGCUGGCUUUCGGGGCGCUCGCAGUUGUAAUGGUGGUUCUGGUGGAGAAAAUGGGUGCUGUAUUGCAACUGUCGAUGAGUCUGGGUCCGGUGACGAUCGGACCUCUAUUUGGUUUGUUCCUGAUGGGUUUCUUCUUCCCCAGGAUCAAUGGAACAAGUGCUAUUACGGGGACUGUGGCUGGCUUGGCUCUGAUGUCGUAUAUUGUCAUCCGAUCGCAGAUCUCGAUCGCUCUGAAGGAGAUCGUUUUUGCAGAAAAACCAGUAACCGUAGAAGGCUGUCAUUACGAGUUUACGCCUAAAAAUGAAACACUCUUCGAGUCCGAUUACACUCCAGGUGAAAAGUCACUACAUCAUGUCUCCUUCCUGUAUUACACCAUGAUCGGUUCAGUCGUACCAACUUUGGUGGGGUAUCUCUCCUCUUUUAUUCUACCUCGCUCGAAAACGGACGACAUCGAUCCGCUACUACUGGCCCCGUUCCUGAGGCGAUUCUAUCCAUCGUCAAACAGCAAGUCUCACCACAUGACAGAGGUACUGCACGAGUUCGAAACGAAGGACAUUCAAUUGUAG